UGGAUAUCAACAGAAGCCUUGGACCGCGCUGUCUUGCGCAUCACUGGAAUUCUAUCUACAGACAUUGCGGAGAGCUGUAGCCAUGUCCCUUGAUUUUGAAACGACGGACGUGGUCCGUCUCAUCAUGCAGUACCUGAAAGAGAACAAUUUGCACCGCACGCUGGCUACCCUACAGGAGGAGAGUACUGUGUACCUUCACACAGUAGACAGCAUCGAUAGCUUCGUCUCAGACAUCAACAGUGGCCACUGGGACUCUGUGCUACUGGCAAUCCAGCACCUGAAACUACCCAGUAGAGUCCUCAUUGACUUGUAUGAGCAGGUGGUUUUGGAACUCAUUGAGAUGAGAGAGCUUGGAGCUGCCCAGUCAAUGCUGCAGCAAACUGACCCUAUGAUCUACCUGAAGCAGACUAAUCCAGACCGGUUUGUCCACCUGGAGAACCUUCUAACACAGCCUUACUUUGACACACGGGAGGCCUACCCAGAUGGCAGUAACAAGGAGAAACGGAGGAUGUCAGUUGCCCAUGCUCUGGCAGCUGAGGUCAGCGUGGUGCCCCCGUCACGUCUCAUGGGACUCCUUUCACAGUCAGUCAAAUAUCAACAGACGCAGGACACGCUGCAUCCUGGCAUGACUAUUGAUGUGACACAGGGCAACGCAGCCAUGAAGGACAUGGAGGAGAAGGAGGAGGAGCGCUUCCCUACACAGCUCAUCUGCCACAUCCAGUUUGGACAGAAAUCCCAUGUGGAAUGUGCGCGGUUCUCUCCUGAUGGCCAGUACCUCAUCACGGGGUCCAUUGAUGGUUUUGUCGAGGUCUGGAACUUCACAACUGGAAAAAUCCGAAAGGAUCUGAAGUACCAGGCCCAAGACAACUUCAUGAGGAUGGAGGAAGCAGUGCUGUGUUUGGCCUUCAGCCAUGACUCUGAAGUCUUAGCGUCUGGGGCACAGGAUGGAAAGGUCAAGGUAUGGAGGAUUCAUAGUGGCCAGUGUCUUCGAAGGUUUGAGCGUGCGCAUAGCAAAGGAGUCACCUGUCUCAACUUUUGCAAGGACAACAGCCAACUACUGAGUGCUUCAUUUGACCAGACUAUCAGGAUUCAUUUGCUGAAGUCAGGCAAGACACUGAAGGAAUUCAGGGGCCACACGUCCUUCAUCAGUGAAGCCACUUUUACAAAGGAUGGGCAUCACAUCAUCAGUGCGUCCUCAGAUGGAAUUAUAAAGAUUUGGAAUGUGAAGACAUGUGAAUGCACCAGCACUUUCAAGUCACCCGGCUCAUCAGCGGGUGUAGAUGUCAUGGUAAAUAAUAUGUUCCUGCUGCCCAAGAACCCCGAGCAGUUUGUGGUGUGCAACCGAUCCAGCACUGUGGUGGUCAUGAACAUGAAAGGGCAGAUUGUGCGGAGUUUCAGCUCGGGUAAGCGGGAAGGCGGGGACUUUGUGUGCUGCACGUUGUCUCCACGUGGUGAGUGGAUCCACUGUGUGGGCGAGGACCUGGUGCUGUACUGCUUCAGUAUGCUCACCGGCAGGCUGGAGAGGAGUCUGACGGUCCAUGAUAAAGAUGUCAUUGGCAUAACUCAUCACCCUCAUCAGAACAUAAUUGCGACCUACAGUGAGGAUGGCUUAGUGAAAGUUUGGAAGCCCUAAAUAGCUUUGAAUAGCAGGGUAAUCUGGGGAAGGAAAGCCCCCUUCCUCACUCAUUUUGGAUAGUGUCUCCAACCAGGACCCAGAGAACUCCUGUGUUCAAAUCGUUACUUCAACUACAAGUGGGUGUCUGAGAUAUAGCCCAAACUAUGACUCGGAAUCUGUGAAAAUGUAAUCCAAUAUCUGCUCUCCCAAAAAGGUAUCUCAUAUGGAGGUUCCUUGUGAUCCUUGUGAAGUCUGAACUCUGAGAUGAAGUAGAGCUGUGAUGGCUUAUUUCUGUACACUGAAUUCACAAGUGUGGUGGACAGUUUAUCACUUGGAGCUUAUGACAACUCUGUAAAUGGUUGAGAACAUUCAACUUUUUCACCUCAGAAAUCGUCACACCUGGACAUAAGUGAGUCUUAAGUGAGCCUAAUAUUAUGAAUGGCCAAUACUGAUGUUACUACUAUGUUACUAGCUAACAUCAUAUCAAAGUUCAAAAUUGUCUUGGGAAAAAAUCCACCAGUCUUGAAAAGGUAUGUGAAGAUUACUACAGUAUUGUCUGCCUUUUGGUAGCAUUUUGCUACCAAAGAUGGCUUUGUUAAUGGGACCCUCAUGAGAAGUAGAAAUGAUGUUCAACCUUAAUACCUGGAGAAUAAUGUGAUCUUUGAUUAUGUUUUUGAGGCCUUGCAUGACACAACAGCUGAAUUAAGUGAAACCUAGCUAUACUGCCUAUGCUAGGGGCCUGUGUGUUUUAACACUUGACAUCACGAUGUUGACCAGCAUGCCACAUCUGUACUGCAUGGGUGUAGAUUCAAUGUGCCCUAGAUUUUUUUUAACGCAGGUCUACUGUAUUAUAGGUGAUGAUUAUACUUCUGUGCCUGCUUCAGUAGUGUUCGCCUGUUGUUGUUAAACUAUAUCCCUUCUGUGUCUCAACAAAUGUUCAUUUAUUUGUUUGACUUGUAUUGCUGACUGGAUUCAGUACAAGUGUGUUUCAAAUUAUUUUCCCGCGGCAGCUGUUUGGUCUGAAGGAAUUACCUAUAAGCAGUCAAGUCAUUGACUCCGAAUGAUGCUGUGCAAUCUUUAAUGGUAUGAUGAUCAGUGACAAACUUCAUUAUCCUGCCAAACAUUACUAAAUAGGCCAAGGUCAUUCACAUGCUCUGAGAGUAUACACCUGGCAUGUAUAUAAUUUUAACUUUGGAUAGGCUUGUGUAAUUAUUACCUCUUAUUUCUAUGGUGUAAAGUUACUGUAUGGUGUACUUCUUUAGACAGAAACUAUGUUGGGCAUUGUGUCUGUUGUAAGACUUUUACUCUCAAGGAGUAUUGUCAACAUAGCAGCCAGGUUAUAUUUAAUGUUAAAAGCUCUUUAUAUACGUGAGAAAUUCACCCCAAGCUCUCAGGUUUAAACUGUAAUAGGUCUGCAGCUCAAU